GCGCCGGAAGAGAAGGUGACGUCACGCGCGUCCAUCUUGUGUCUGCAGUUGGGCGCAGCGGUGUUCGCUGAGCUCCGCAUCCGCGCCGAAUCGGAGCAGAAUCCCGCCGCCGGGGCGCCAUCAUGCCCGGACACCUGCAGGACGGCUUCGGCUGCGUCGUCACCAACCGCUUCGACCAGCUGCUGGAUGACGAGUCCGACCCGUUCGACAUCUUAAAGGCGGCGGAGAACCGGAGGAAAGACGCGGCGGCGGCCGCUGCAGCCACCAAACCCGCCGCCGCCGCCGCUCAGGCCGCCAGGCAGCCCAAGAAGGAGUCGCAGAAGGAGCGGAAGAACCCGGCGGCGGAGCGGAAGGAGGAGCCGCAGCAGCAGCAGCCCGCCGCGCCGCCGCUCAGGAAGGACGGUGUAAGGAGGAUGGGAAGGAAGCAGCAGGAGCAGCAGGGCCAGAACACUCCUCACCAGCAGGGGGCACCAGGAGAACGGAGACCGGAGAGACGAGUCCACCGAGAGCGUCGCUUCGAAAAGCCACCUGAGGAAAAACAUGAAGGAGGAGAAGCCAGCGUGGACAAGCCAGUGGGAGACAGACCACCGAGAGGUCGUGGUGGAGGUCGUGGGGGUCGUGGAGGUCGUGGGCGGGGAAUCGGACGGUCUGAUGGAUUUGACUCUCGAGGAAAGCGUGAAUUUGACCGACACAGCGGAAACGACAAAUCUAGCCAGAAAGCUGACGAAAAGCGAGGAGGAGCUGGAUCUCACAACUGGGGCAACACCAAGGAAGAAGCCAGUGAACUGCACCCAUCAGCCGCACCUGAAGCACCUGUGGAAGGGGAGGAGCCUGCUGCGCCUGUUGACUCAGAAAACAAAGAGAAUGAGGUUGAGGAAGUGAAGGAUGAAGGCCCCAAGGAGAUGACCCUGGACGAGUGGAAGGCCAUGCAGAACAAAGAGCGGGCGAAGGUGGAGUUCAACAUCCGUAAACCAAAUGAAGGUGAUGAGGGCCAGUGGAAGAAAGGAUACGUGCUGCACAAGUCAAAGAGCAAAGAUCUGGCCAGGCCGUCUGGAACUCUGAUUGAAACUGGAGAUGCUAACGCUGAGUCACUCCACAAGGGAGCCUCUGAAGACAGCUCGAGCGACCACCACUUCCGCAAACCAGCUAACGACAUCACCUCCCAGCUGGAGAUCAACUUCGGAGAUUUGGGACGCCCUGGGCGUGGCCGGGGGGGCUCCCGGGGUGGCAGAGGGGGCCGGGGAGGUGGAAACCGGGCAGGGCGUGGUGGAGGCAGGUCUGAGAAGGGAGGCGGAGUGUCUGUUCCUAACGUGGAUGACCCCGAGGCGUUUCCCGCCUUGGCCUAAACCCUGACGUUUGACCCUCGAGCCCCUCCGCGACGAGGCCUGCAUGCUUACGGAUCCUUCGACUCUAGAUAUCAUAAAAAGAAAAAAAAAUCGUGUAAAAGAGAGACUGUCAUGUUCACCAUAGUGAGGACUGAAACCCCGCCCCCAUGUUAACGGACUUCUCUCGUUACACUGAAGCUACUUCUGGAUAGAGCUUUUGUAUUUAGAGACCUGAUAGAUAGCAGGGAUGUUCCUACAGUAUUUUAUUUCAGAUUUGAUUGCUGUUUGAAUGUAAGGCUUUUUUUUUUUUUUUUUCCUUCAGCAUAGCGUUUGAAGUGAGUUGAAGCUUUCAUUUGUUCUCCUUCUGGUUUUUUGGCGUAUUUUAAUAUUUUUUUGAGCGAAAGGAGAAUGUGGGUCUAGUGCUAAUUUUACUGUUAUUGACGUACAGAAGUAAUGUAUCACUUUAAAUAUUUUAAACGAAGCUCUGAGGUCAAGCUUGUUUUCUUGGUAUUUGUUUUUUUUUCCCAUGAAGCUCUUUGCUUGGCCUGUAGCAAAACCGUAAAUAUGUGAAUGCCUCGUUAUAUAGUUCCCCAUCCCCCGUCCUUUUUCAUUUAAUUUCUUUCAUUGUGAACGUUCUGUGUGGGUUUUUUUUUUUAGGCUGGUCCUCUUGAACAUCACCUUUUACAAAAACAUUGGGAACACUUUUUGUGUGUGUGUGUCUGUCCUGAUGUUGCUAAGUGACCGUUGUGCGUCUGUUAAUUUAACGAGGGCGAAGCUGAAGUCUGAGUUCAAUCAGCCGGUUUAUCAUAUUUAGUCCGAUGGUGAACUUUGCUCGCUGCUUAACACCACACAGUGUUAUUGUUAGUUGAAGCUACGUACUUAUACUAACGAUAAUGCAGUGCUGUGUUUAAGUACAGUAUCUUAGCUAACUUGUGUAAAUUUGAACACUUCUUCUGUGAUUAGCGCCACAUCAGAGCAGGUGGUGAUUGGCUGAUUGAUUUUGGCUUUAGCCGACCCUUGGCAGAAUUAGGACGUGUGUGUGUUUUCCAAAAACAGGCAUGUGCUACGGUAAUUGUGUAACCGGACGAUGACCAUUUUUGGGAUAUUAUCUUGACAUUGAGCUCUCGUCUCGUCGGGCUGUCACGGACACGCCUUCCAGCUUGUCUGAACAUAAGGACGAUUAAUAUAAUAGACAGCUGUCCUCGCGCAUUUUUGUGAUCGUAUAACCAAUUAUCACACGCACAGGCCUGUUCACAAGUCACCUAAAGUUCUCAAACCUGAGGUUUUAUCGUUGUUGUUAUUGUUGUUUAUUAUUAUUAUUAUUAUUAACACCUCAGCAUGCUUCAUGUGGCGAUGACGUUGGCGAGGGUUGGGCAAAGACAAAUCCACCUUCACAAACCUGCGACACUCGCGUCCUCCCUGCUCUUUCUCAUAUGGAGUACGAACGCUCCGGUAGUGCUGUUACAGUUUAAUGACUGUUUCCAUGACUGCAGCACUCCUCAACAGCAUCCAUCUUGGAACAACCAAUCACAUGGCACGCUCAGGCGAAUAGCGUGUUCGUCCACUGAUGUUGCACCACGUGAUCAGUGAAGUCUUCACAAUUCGAGGUUGUUUUUUUUUCUUCCAUUUGUGGAAACCAGCCAACCAACCAACCGUCGCGUCAUCUCUGUACGAAGUACUCUGAGGUUUGUAUCCUCUAGCGCUGAUUGUUGACGUCUUUGCACUUAGAUAAAUGAUUUUAUUUUUUAGCUAACAAGCACAUGAUCUGUCCCUGUUUUACCUUUUUUUAAUAUUUACAGCAGCACUACUCAAAGAACAUGCUCGAUGCUUGAGUGUGUGUGUGGUUUUUCCUGAACCUGGGCGUGACCGUAAACUGAAGGACGUGUUGGACUCCCCAGACAGUGAGAGACUCUGUAACUGGACUCUUUGUAGGACUUUUUUGUUUUCCAGAUGUUUCUCCAUUCACACGUCCCUGUUCAAUAAACUUCCCACAGGUGUUAAUGUCA